AGGAUCACGAAAAUCAGAACCUUCAGCGACACCAGCAUACGAAUAAAAAGGUACGUUUCUACUGAGGAUGUGUGUUUUAACUUGGUUUUAGAGUUUUAUGACACUUUUUUGCAGUGUUAUUGUUUAUUACAGUACAGUGACAGAAUUGUAGAACCUAUAUUAAAAAAAUAUCCGGAUCCAGUGUUUGUAUUUGAUCUUUGAGUUAUUUUGAAGUUUGUAUUAUGAUAUUUUAGCCAAUAAACAACUUCUGUGAAAUCAUUUACGGAAGUAUUAAAAACUAUUUUCUGAUAGUAUUAUGUAUUUAGCUUCAUGAUUAUCAACGUUACUGUAUCUUUUUAUUUUACAGUUUGGCACAGGUGGACUUCAGGGCACAGCUUACUGCUGCCAGAUGAUCUUCGGUGUUUUGUAACUUUGCCUCUUUAUCCUAUUUCCAAUCAGAGACACUUAAAUGUAACUUCCCGCAGUUAAAGCUGUGUUAUACGAGCAGCACCUGAAGGCAGCAGGCUGCCACCCCGCACCGCCUCUUCACCGCUGAGGCGUCAAAAUCACCUUCUCCUCUGCAGCUCAGAGCUCCGCGGCGACUGGGAGGAGAAUCAAACUCCGGGAUCUGGAGCGUGGAUGUCUCAGCUCGGAUGUGUGAGGACCAGCUGCUGGACCGGAACAUGUCGGCCUGAGUGGAUUUAAAGCCGAUCUGAAAUCAGCAGUAACCUCCAGUGUGAUGCAGCUGUGUGAUGGGAGAAUCGGCCGAGCAGGAUGGGCAACAAGCAGACAACCUUCACCGAUGAGCAGCUGGAGGCGUAUCAGGACUGCACCUUCUUCACCCGGAAAGAAAUCCUGCGGUUGCAUGGCAGAUAUCGUGAGCUGGCUCCACAUUUAGUGCCGCUGGACUACACUAACAACCCCGACAUCAAAGUCCCUCUGACGCUCAUCAUCACCAUGCCUGAGCUGAAGGAGAACCCGUUCAGAGACAGAAUCGUGGAGACAUUCUCAGAGGACGGACAAGGGAACCUGAGCUUCAACGACUUUGUCGACAUGUUUUCUGCUCUCUGUGAGACUUCACCCAGAGAGCUCAAGACCAUCUACGCCUUCAAGAUCUAUGACUUUAACAGGGACAACUUCAUCUGUAAGGAGGACAUGGAGAAGACUCUGAACAAGCUGACCAAAGGAGAGCUGACUCCAGAGGAGGUUACGCUGGUCUGUGAUAAAGCCAUCGAGGAGGCCGACCUCGACGGAGACAACAAACUCUCCUUCGCUGACUUCGAGAACAUGAUCUCUAAGGCUCCUGACUUUCUGAGUAACUUCCACAUACGAAUAUGAGACUGCCUUCACAGCUGAGAUCCUGCAGAGACGUCUCACUUUGAUACCUUUCCCUGAUCCAACUGGUCUUUACCCUCCUGACUUCACCUCCCCUGCUCCCCAAACACCUCCACCUGAACCUCAGACCCACCUUGACUCAGUGCCUGUCCUUUCUAUCACCUGUGGAGUGUCUUCUUCUCCAGCAGAACCUGAGACCUGACACCAAGUCUCAUCUGGACUCACAGAAGCACAGGCAACUCUUGCCAACUCUGAAUCUUACAACAACAAACAGCGGGGACAUUUCACAGAGAAAGUUGUUAGUGCAUGAAACCUUUCUCUUUUAAUUAAUCCUGAAUGUUUGGAGGUGGACAGACCAAGAUGGGGCUAAUUUUAUACCAAGAGAGCUUCUCUGCACCGGGGCUGAUGUCUCCUCUGGACAUUUUUUCUCUUCU